UCCAACCUCCUCCUCGCUCUCUCUCGAUCCCCUCCAUCCCCCAGCCGCCACCGCUCGCCUCCAUCCUCUCCCCGACCCCGGUCGGGCUCCACUCUACUCCACCACCGGGGCCAACCCAACCACCGCCGCCCUCUCCCCCUCCUCUCCCCUCACCGCGGCCAGAUCCACUCACCCAAGUCCCGCUUUGUCGCCUCCGUCUCCCUCGUCUCGUCUCCCACCCGUGAUUCCUGCCGCCGCCGCCCCCACCCACCGCCCUCCCCUCGCCUUCACCCAUAGCUUUCGUGGCGUGGCUCCUGGUCCUUUACAACGAUGCAGAUCGAAAAGCACCGCCGCGCUCCCAUCCAGGAUGGCCCCCCACCGCAUCUCAUCUCAUCUCGUCACCCGACAGCGCCGGAGAGAGCGCGGGCGCGGGCGGCGCGAUGGUGGGGAACGACUGGAUCACCAGCUACCUGGAGGCCAUCCUGGACGCGGGGGGCACCGCGGGGGACAUCUCGGCCGCCUCCGCCUCCUCCUCCGCGGCGCCCGGGGGCGGCGGCUCUGGGGCGGAGAAGAGGCGGGACAAGUCGUCGCUCAUGCUGCGGGAGCGCGGCCGCUUCAACCCGGGGUGCUACUUCAUGGAGGAGGUCAUCUCCGGCUUCGACGAGACCGACCUCUACAAGACCUGGGUCCGCACGUCGGCGAUGAGGAGCCCGCAGGAGCGGAACACGCGGCUGGAGAACAUGCCCUAGCGGAUCUGGAACCUCGCCAGGAAGAAGAAGCAGACAAAUGUAUCAAUCUGCUUAACUGUGUAUGAUUCCUGCAUUUCCCAGUUGCAAAUCCUAAUCAAGGAGAAUGAGUAAUACAAGCUCAGGUGUAAUGGUGUAUCCACACUUUCGUUUCAAUUACAUUUAAGUGAUACUUUUCUGCCUCCUUUUCCUCCUGUUUGCGCAAAAAGUCGCGUGUCUUUACUUGGUCAAAAAAUUGUAGAUUAUUUGGUCAGAUUUCCUUACUUGCUUUAGGCAUAAGAAUAAGCUGAUAAGAACAGAAUAUUGAUACUUUGCAUGCUAUGAGUAAAAUGCUCUAUUUUCUUUCGUCACCUUUCUUGUAUGCAUGAGUAUCUCAUUUUAACUAGCUGGAGAAUGAAAGCAUUGUACAAGCUGAAUUUGUGUUAUCAUUCUAAACAACUUGUUCAUUUUUUAUUGUUUUGUUCAUAAUUUAUUGGCUCUAGAUUUUUUUGAUUCUUUUCCGAUUCAUGUAACAGCUACCUUGCCUGGCACUGGUACUAUUAUGCUAUACUGUUAUACUAUCUGUAAAGUAAAUGACAACAUUGAAAAUGGCUCAAACCUGAAGUACUUUAAAUAGAUUGUUGUUUUAGUCAAAUGUUGUUUAGAAAUCCAGUUUGUACUGAUAAACUUGCACAGUCUCUGCCUGUUUAUAGUGUUAAAUUUUGUUUGAUAAAUUCACUUUUUACUGAUAAAAUUGUAUAGAGCACAACAUAGUUUCUGCCUUUUAUUAUAAUGAUAAUUGUUGUUUAGUUGUAAUUCCUUUCGCAUUGUACAAUUGUAUAGAUAUUGUCCCAUGCACAAGUGAUAUUCAUGUCCAGCCAAAUGAUAUCUUGUUCUUUCCAAAGUGAUUUGUACCCAAUUGCUUGUAUACGUAUUUUGUUCUUAACUGUAGAUUUCCUCUCACAGUAGCUCCAUGCAAAAGAAGGUUGAAAGGAGGAGAGUUUGUGACUGCUAUAGAAGGACUGAAGGAGGUCCAUGUUGAAGAAGAUCGACAGAAGCAGUAGAGCUGUCAUUGCCACUGUAUUUGUGUUGUAUGAUGUAUCCACGUUUACCCACAAAAAUGUAUUCACGUUGUAAUACUUUGAUUGCCAUUCUGGCUACUAUUUCAAUCAGUGUAUUUUGCUA